AUGGCUUCUCCCCGUCCUCCGCACAAUUUCGGUCCUCAAGGCUAUCCUCUUCCAAACGGUGCGACUGGUCCUGUACCUGGGGCCGCCCCCCUUCUUCCGAACAAUGGUCGGGUCAUCCAGAACGGUCCUGUCAGAGUCUUGUGCAUCGCAGAUGUUCGAGGAAACUUGAGGUCUCUGAAUGAGUUGGCCAAGCAGGCCCGUGCUGAUCAUAUCAUCCACACCGGUGACUUUGGUUUCUAUGAUGACACCUCGCUGGAACGGAUUGCAGACAAGACCCUCAAGCAUGUGGCCCAAUACUCUCCUCUGCUUCCUGAAAAUGUGAAGCGGACCAUUGCUCAAACCCCCCCUCAGCAAUCGAUUAAGCAGCGAUUCACACCUGACCAGCUACCCCUCUCAGAACUUCCGAUGCUGCUCGAUAAGCGGAUUACUCUCGAUGUCCCGGUAUAUACCGUUUGGGGUGCUUGUGAAGACGUUCGGGUAUUGGAGAAGUUCCGUUCCGGAGAGUACAAGGUAGAUAAGCUGCACAUCAUUGACGAGGCCAAUUCACGGCUGCUGGACAUUGGCGGAGUCAAGCUGCGUUUGCUGGGACUGGGAGGCGCCGUGGUGAUGCACAAGCUGUUUGAUAACGGCGAGGGCAAAACCACGAUUGCCGGCGGCCAAGGCACCAUGUGGACGACCUUGCUUCAGAUGGGUGAGCUGAUAGACACCGCGAACCGCGUGUACGACCCAUCGGAAACACGCAUCUUUGUCACACAUGCAUCACCCGCUCGUGAGGGAAUGUUGAACCAGCUCUCUGUGACCCUCAAGGCCGACUUCUCCAUCUCCGCCGGUCUGCAUUUCCGCUACGGCUCGUCCUACAACGAGUUCUCUGUGAACCCUUCUCUUGAUCACUACCGUGGCAAGCUGGCUGCUUCGAAAGCAUCGUUCAACGACGUCUGGGAAACUGUCCGGGGUGAGGUGGAGGCCGCCAUUUCCUCCAACGAGGCCCAGAAGACCUUGUUGGACAAUGCUUUGAAUGUGGUGAAUCAGAUGCCCACCAUCGCCAACGGUGGAAAUCCGUUCGGUGGACCGGCUGGGCCCGGGAAUGCCGCGGGUCAGGUCGACGAGAGCGCUUUCAAGAACAUGUGGAACUUCAACCUUGCUGACGCUGCAUUUGGUUUCUUGGUUCUCGAGAUUGAAGCCGGACGUAUCGCCACGGAGAUGCGUGCCCAAGGCUUCAACUUCGCCCACCGAAGUGGAAAGCCCCAGGCUGCCGGUGCUCCCGGAGUUCAGACCAGCGCCUCCAUCCCUGCUGGGCCAUCAUCCACUGGUAUGACUUCCCCGGCAAGCCGUGCUCCUGGACCAGCCGGUCCUCAGUUUGGCCAGACCCAGCCGACUGUGCGCACCGGUCCUGGCCCCCAACAACAGCCACCCACGAAGGGCUCGGCCACUGCUCCAGCCCGUACAUCUCCAGCCCCCGUGGUUCCGAAACCUGCAACUCCACAGCCCAGUGGCACCGGUGCCCUGCCCGUGCCUACGUCGCCAGAGAAGUCUUCAGUUUCGGAGGCUAACGGCAGCACGCAGCCCGAGAAACCAUCUGAGUCUCCUUUGCCGAAGGCAGAGAAGAAGCAGAGCAACGGACUCUUUGUGUCGAACGUGGACAACGAGCAGGCCGUUCGUGACCUCUUCCCCGAGGAGGACAAGGCAAAGAUGACCAAGGUCGAUAAAUGGGGCAAGUAUAACCACGUCGUGAUGUUCUCGACCGUGGAAGAGGCCAAGGCCGCUCUCGACCGUCAGCCUGCAGAACACAAGAAGCCCACUCCCCCUGGUCAACCUCGCAAGCCCAACAUCAAAUUCUUCGAAGACCGUGGUAGCCACCGUGGCAACGCAGGCACGUGGCAGGGUAGCAACCGUGGCGGCAACACCUCCUCCCAACGCGGGUAUCAGAGCGGCGGUGCUAGUGACAGCGAAACUGGGCGAGGACGUGGUGGAUUUGGGGGACGUGGUCGCGGCCGUGGUGAUCGUGGUGGACGUGGCGGACGAGGCGGACGCGGCGGAUUCAACAAGGGAGCAACGGCAGAGUCUCCGGCCCCUACAUCGACCCCGUCGGGAGACAAGCCCUCCGGUGGUGAAGCUUGA